UCCAACCUCCACAGAAGCAAUCAACGUGUCUCACUGCCCCAGUCCACCGUCUUGGCACAAGUGAAAGACAAGCCCCGUAAUGAAAAACCCGGUAGAGGUGGUAAAUACGUCCACGAAGUAGGGGGUACAACGAUCGCACGUGGAUGGUUUAAAUAUCCUCAAAAUACCGCUGGGGUGGGGAGGGCGCGAUAUAACCAUUAAGGAGAGGGACAAUUUGAUGGGUUAAAAGGGUAAAAGUGGGGCUCAAACCAAACUGUUCAACCAUUCGUUGUGUUAUAACGUUGAAAGUAACUACGAGUGGUACACCACAGUGUUCCUCACAACGGUUUUCGCUAUGGCGGGUAUAGGGUCGAGUAGGCUGUGUGCACGGGUUGAGAAAUUGUGCCAACAAUCGGUUAAUUUUGUCCAUUUUAAGAGGAGAUUUACCACUGGCUGUGUUAAGUUUCAUCAGGAUAAUCAGCCGUCUUUCAAUCAGUUUUUGCAACAAUGUAAACAGCAGCACCCAGCCCGCGGAGAGAGAAUGGGAAAAUGUCGAUCGAUGAGCUCAAUGCAGACACAACAGCCCGGUUCCCUCCCCGAACUGCACGUAGACCCUUAUCGACUCCUCGAGGACGAUCUCAAGGACGUCUACGAUGACAUACGACAGGAACUCAUCAUGAACACGAAUGUUGAGGAGCUGAAGACAAUCGCAACGUACUACUUCGAUGGACAGGGAAAGGCGCUCCGGCCGAUGGUUGCCAUACUCAUGGCGCGAGCUAUCAAUUACCACAAGGAAAGAAACGGUCUCUUAGCGACACAACGACAGGUAGCGAUGAUUGCUGAGAUGAUACACAGUGCUUCCCUCAUUCACGACGAUGUCAUAGAUCAGUCGGAUUUCCGUCGUGGAAAGCCUUCUGUCAAUGUCUUGUGGAGUCAAAAAAAGGUGGCGAUGACUGGUGAUUAUAUUCUCGCAGUGGCCUCGAUGAUGAUAGCACGAUUGAGGAGCGACGAUGUCACAUUAACCCUCAGUCAGGUUGUUACGGAUUUAGUGCAAGGUGAAUUCAUGCAGUUGGGAUCAAAAGAAACUGAGAAUGAGAGAUUUGCACACUACCUCACGAAGACGUACAGGAAAACAGCGAGUCUUAUCGCCAAUUCUGCCAAAGCUGCUGCAAUUUUGGGAGGUGCAGACGAGAGAUUAUCAGAAGUUGCUUUCCAGUAUGGCAGGAACAUUGGCUUAGCGUUUCAGCUAGUCGAUGAUCUCCUCGACUUCGUGUCCACAUCGUCAACGAUGGGCAAGCCCACAGCAGCUGACCUCAAGCUCGGUCUCGCCACUGCACCAGUUCUCUUCGCCUGUGAAAGAUAUCCAGAGUUAAAUCCAAUGAUAAUGCGUCGCUUCCAAGAGCCUGGAGACGUUGAAAAAGCAUUUGAACUGGUUCACGAGUCACAAGGUCUCGAUCAAACGAGAUUCUUAGCGAAGAAACACUGUAUCGAGGCUGUUCGUCUUGCUCAAUCGCUCGCUGAGAGUCCAUACUCGAAGGGACUCGCUGUCGUUAGUGACCUGGUACUCAAUCGCAUGAAAUAGUCCAUCACUCCUUUUUUUAUAUCAACGUAAACUAGAUGAAAAUGCCUGACGUGUGAGUGUGUGCAGUUUUUUUGAUCGGAUGAAUUCUUUUUUUAAUUUUUUUUUGUUCGUGGAUGACUGAAGUGAGUGAGUGGAAUUUAUGAUUCUGUGGGAAGUGGGAAAACGUAAUAAAUGGAAGUUUUCAUCUCCAUUUUUUUAACGAAAUGAUGAACAAUUUUCUGUUGCAUUCCACUCCAAGUUUUUCACAUCCGACCUUUGAAAAUAUCUCAGAGUCUGAGGAAAAUGGAAAAUCGUGUGUUCAAACAUUUUUGCAGUUCUAAUUUUCUUCUAUAAAUAGAUUGUCAGAAAAAUUUUGUUUCUCUUGAAUUCUGAGACAUUUUUGUAAAAAUAAUGUUCAGGGAGAAUGGAAUAAUUCACAAUUAUUACUGGAGCAAAGAAAGUAUUUUCACAUUUUCCUCUAAAAUGAAAUGAUGCAAUUCAUGCAUGAAAAAUCGUCAUGAAGAAUGUCCAAUAGAAACUAUUUUAUAUAAAAAAUCAGUAAAAUUUCAUCUCUCUAUACAACUUUUCCUAAUGCGGGAUUUUCUGUAGGUAUUAAUCGACGUGAAUUUUCGAAGUAUUUUUCACUUUUUUCUUUUCUUCUCAUUGAAAGAAUCUA